GCUGGCACAGCACAGAGUUGGCUGCCUCCCGCUACCCGCCCCGGGAGACGGAGCCAGGAGACCCACGACCACGCUGGUCCCCUCUGGGCUGGGGGAGACACCUCUCCCCACAUGUGAGCUACCCCCAGGGGGGGACUGGAUGGGAUGGGGAAGGAGCCUCCCUUUGCACCAGCUGAGGGAGGGCAGCGGGUACCCCCGGGGCAUCUGCGGGAGCACCCCGGGGUGGGAGAGACCUCGUUGCCAUGCCAGGCUGUUGUGGUCGAGGGUUAUAAACAACGGCUGCAAAUAAGUCCGUCCCGGGGAGGUUUUGAGGCAGCUGUAAAUCACUGUGCUCAUAAAGCAUUUGUGCCGGCAGUGCAGGCAUCUGCGACCAGCAGCCUGCUCUGCUCUCGCCGAGCUGGUAAUGGCAUUGGGCGGAAACGCCAAGGGUCACUGCCCGGCUGCUCCUGUGUUCGUUGAUGUUUGAGAUUUGCUUCCUAACAGGGCCAGACAUUAUCUUGAGGAGAAGCAGGCAGCAGCGUUUGCAGGCAGGAGAGGAUGCAGCGCCACGUGGACAACACACAGGCAGGGGACGGGACGGAAGCAGAGCAGGACGAAGCCCCUCUGCUUGCUCAGCAGCCCUCCUUCCGCACAGAUAUGAACGGCCAUUGCUGCAAAGGAGGAGGGCAGGGGCUCAGUGGUAGAUGUCUGGAGGGUACCUGGAAAGAGCCAUUUGUUGCUGCAGUAAGGGGUCUGCUCCGCUCGCUGUGGCCUGGCCCUGGUCCUGCACAUCUCUCUCUUCGUGGCAUACGCACUCCGGGUCAGCCUCAGCAUCGCCAUCGUCGCCAUGACUAACAGCAGCCAUCCCCAUGGCUGGUCCGGCAGUGCUCCCCACAGCUCCUACCCAGCAUUUGCUCAGGACGCCCCCGUGUACAACUGGAGCGCUGAGACUCAAGGAAUUGUCCUCAGCUCCUUCUUCUACGGCUACGGCCUCACACAGGCGCUGGGCGGGUACUGCUCAGGGCUACUCGGGGGGAAACCUGUCCUGGGCAGUGGGCUCCUGCUCUCCUCUGUGCUCACCCUCCUCGUGCCCCAAGCAGCAGAGCUCGGCGUGAGCUUCCUCAUCGGGCUGCAGGCGCUGCUGGGCUUGGCUGAGGGAGUGAUAUUUCCAGCUCAGUACACGCUCUGGGCAAAAUGGGCCCCUCCACUGGAACGCAGCAGGCUCAUGAACAUUGCUGAUGCUGGAUGCACUUUUGGGACUUUCUUUGCUCUCCUUGUGGCUGGAAUCAUCUGUCAGACUCUGGGGUGGCCUUUUGUCUCCUACAUCUUUGGUGGUGUUGGCUGCGUCUGGUGCCUCUGCUGGUUCCUCCUCGUGUACGAGGAUCCUGCACAUCACCCAUGGAUUAGUGCCAGGGAGCAGGAGUACAUCGUGUCAUUGCUGGCUCAUCAGGGCAGGUCUCAUGGCCACGCCCUCCCACUUGUGGCCAUGGCUAAAUCACUGCCUCUUUGGGCAAUCACCAUUGCCUGCUUCUGCACAGACUGGCUGUUCUACAUGCUGCUGACCUCCAUGCCCACGUUCAUGAGCAACGUCCUCCACUUUGACCUCAGAGAGAACGGGCUCCUCUCCUCCCUGCCUUAUGUUGGGAAUGGGCUGGGGCACAUCCUGGCUGGGCUGCUGGCUGAUUUCCUCCUAGCCAGGCAAGUGCUUGGCACAGCAGCCGUCAGGAAGCUCUUCUCAGCACUCGGGAUGCUGCUCCCAGCCAUCUUCCUGGUGGCUGUGCCUUACAUUGGCUGCAAUUCCACAGUUGUUGUGGUCCUUCUAACACUGGCCUUGACAAUAAUCAGCAUGACAGGGGCAGGCAUCAAUAUUAACCACAUCGAUAUAGCGCCCAGAUAUGCAGGGUUCCUGCUGGGAAUCACAAAUACCUUUGGAAUAGUCGCAGGAAUUAUUGCUCCUACCGCAGUUGGACUUCUUGUCAGCCAGGAUCUCCAGACUGGCUGGAGGAAUGCCUUCUUCGUAUCUGCAGCCCUCAACUUGUUUGGCCUGAUCUUCUACAUAGCCUUUGGCAGCGGUACCAUCCAAGACUGGGCUAGGGAGGACACUGCUGUGCAAUGAGAGCCACAGGCAUGGGAAGGUACACAAGGGAAUGGGCUGCAAACGGGCACGGGUCAGGCAGGAGCUCCCUCCACUACCCUGCUCUCGCCUGCGCAGCAAAGCUCAGCUGUCCCUGCCUGCUCCUGGGGCCCUUGCAGCAUCCUCAGGUGACGGCAUGAGCCACGCAGCCCUGCCUGCACUCUGACUUUUGAAGUGCCCAGCACCUUCACCCAGCUCUGUUCACCUCCUGAUCCCAAUCUACUCUCCUGGGGAGGCACCAGCCCUGCAACCCACGUUGCCUGCUGUGCAUUUAACCCUGCCCUCAGCUUUUGCCCACAGAAAGGAAUGCUGCAGCGUGGACAGAUCCUAAACGGGAUCCAUGGAGAGCUGGUAAAGCUGGCUGUCAGCUGAGCUCUGUAAGGAGCCUGCAGCUAUUUCCAGCAAAGCUAUUCUUACAUAAAGUAAAUUGAUAAUGAA